AUGUACAUAGUUAAGAAUCUGCUUCAUGCACGUAAUCGCAAAACGCGUCGCGAGUAUCUGUCUAUCGUUCUCACAAUCUUUCAUUAUUGUCUAGUCAUGGCCUCAGCGUCCACAAUCUUGCAUUACAAACGCCGAAUAAAAGAAUGGGAGAAAAGCUUCUUUGAGAAAAAUGGGAAAAUUCCCUCCAAGACUGAUGUAAAGGCCGAAAAGGAAAUAUGGAAAGCCUACAAAACCUACAAUCAGCUUAAAGCGAAGGAAGCUGAGUCAAGCAAAGAGAACGAAACGAAAUCCAAAAAAAGCAAGCACGCCAAAGAGGAAGAGCAUGCUGAAAAGCCUGAGGGAGAAGGUGAAAGUGGCGACGAGAAAACGAUACAAAAUAGCCCACAACAAGCACCAUCUCUUCAUGCAGAAUUUGGUCCGACUCCCCAGGCGAAUGGGAAAGUGCUCUCCAUCUUCGACAUGGUGAUGAGUCCCCCUGAAUCAUCUCCUUUAAAGGGAAAGAGAAGCGUUCAAAUAGAGAGUAGCUUUUCGUCGCCCACCAAGCCAGUUUCCCACUUACCUUCACCUAAAAAACAUAUGUCUUCCGAGGUGUUUAAGACUCCUACUAAGGCCCCAAGGAAACUACAAUUUGCUGAUUUGACCCCAUCAAACAGCUCUCCUUCGAAAAAGAGCCUAUUAUCACGGUUGCAACAGGUUUCCUCGCCUGAAAAAGAACCAGCACCUCAAAAUGUAGGUACAGAAACACCCUUGUAUUUGGGGAAAAUAAACAAGAAGUUUCUGUUCAAAGAUGAAGAGGAAGAAGCAUCUCCCGUCAAGCAGCAUGAGCCCAGUACUCCUACGAAAAUGAGCUUGUCCCCGGCUAAUUUCAACACGACUCCAUCUCCAUUGAAACCUGAAAGACUUCUCUCUUUUGGUAGCCGAAAAAAAUUGUCUGACUUGUUUCAUGAAUGCCAAAAUCUAGAGAUUGACGAAGAAUUCGAGGCACAGAAAGUGGAAAUAGAGCAAGAAAUUGAGGCCGGUGCAGUGAACGGCAACGAUGAUAAGCUUGAUGAAUCCUUUGUUGGAAGAAAACGUAAGCGCAUCACCCAAAAGAGAACAACCAGGAGAUGGAAGAUCAAGCCUAGAGGUGAAAAUGAUGAAGCCACAGUAUUUGAAGGCAAAGACGUACAUGCGGAGUUACAAAAGAUGCAUGAAGAGGAGCAAAAGCAGCUCAAUGAGUAUAUGGCAAGUGGUGUAAAUGAUGAUAUCAUACCAACCGACGACGAUGACAAUGGCGAUGACGAUACAUUCGUGAGACCUGAAAUACUCAAACCUAGAAGCAUGAAGAGCAAGAAUCUGAGUGCUAACUACCAAAGAUUGAAGAUCAACGACCCUAGAUCAAAGAGAUUCAAGCAACGCAUGAAAAGACGCUAA